GCACCUGUGCUGCUGCCGCCGCCGCUGCUCGUGCGUCAGAUGAUGGCAACUGAUUCUUUAAACCUUUCUCUCCGUCGAACUGGCUGCAGUCCGAGUCGACCCUGCGAAGAGACUAGACUCCUUCUGCCUCCGCUCGACCCACUUGUUUUCUUUGUGCGGUCCACGCGGUCAGGCGAGAGGCGAAUAAACUUUUGGUGAUAUUUUUACGCACAGUUCUCCAGUCUGGACAAACAGCCGAGAAUAUCUCUGCUCGCUUUUCACCACCAUCACCACCCGCACGUUUCCCGGAAAAACUUGAAAAGGUGCCAUGCAAGUUUAUGUGGCUGUGAUAUUCGCUUAUGGAGUGUCGGCACUCAAUGUCACGGAGGAGAAGGCAACAUGCCCCCUUGGAUAUUUUCCCUGUGGCAACUUGACCAUGUGCCUCCCUCAGCUCCUGCACUGCAACGGCAUUGAUGACUGUGGAAAUCAAGCGGACGAGGAGAACUGUGGAGACAAUAAUGGAUGGCCCCAUCUUUUUGACAAAUAUUUUGGCAUGCCAAGCCAUAACACCAGGACAAAGUCCAAUGUGUGCUUGCUGGGUGUCGUUCCUGAGCUCUGCCAGUGCCGAGACCUGGAGCUGGACUGUGACAGCACACAGCUUCAAGAUAUCCCAGUGGUGGCGAUGAAUGUCACCAUGAUGUCUCUACAAAGGAAUCGGCUUCAGAAACUGAGAGCAAACACGUUCUUUAAAUACCAGAGCCUACAGAAACUAUACCUUCAGCACAACAGAAUUCGAGAUGUGAGUCCUGACGCAUUCAGGGGACUGCAUAACCUAACAAGACUAUACCUGAGCUACAACAAGAUAUCUGUCCUGAUGCCGGGGGUGUUCCAGGACUUACACAAGCUGGAGUGGCUGAUCCUAGAAAAUAACAAUAUCCAUCAAAUAUCCUCCAUGACCUUUUCAGGACUGAACUCCCUUGUUUUACUAGUUCUGCUGAACAACUCUUUGACAAAGCUGGAUGACAUCUGUCAGGAAAUGCCAAGAUUGAACUGGCUGGAUUUAGAGGGAAAUCACAUAGAAGCGAUUGGAAAUGUCUCAUUCUGCUCGUGCAGUAUGCUGACAGUUCUGGUUUUACAGCGAAACAGGAUCAGCCAUAUACAUGAACAAUCUUUCUCAGUCCUCCAGAAACUUGGAGAAUUGGAUCUAUCCAACAACAGACUGGUGGCGAUUCCUCCCAAUCUUUUUGUUUUACUGGGGGAUUUGCUACAACUGAAUAUAUCAUACAAUCCCAUCGAGGAGCUCCAAGUCGACCACUUUGACAAGUUGCAUAAACUGAAGUCGUUGAGCAUAGAGGGGAUAGAAAUCGGAAACAUACAACGGCGGAUGUUUGAACCUCUGAAAUACCUGACUCACAUCUACUUCAAGAAGUUCCAGUACUGCGGCUAUGCUCCACAUGUGCGCAGCUGCAAGCCGAACACUGACGGCAUCUCAUCCUUUGAGGAUCUGCUGGCCAACAUCGUGCUGAGGGUCUUUGUCUGGGUGGUGUCUGCCACCACCUGCUUCGGCAACAUCUUUGUCAUCUGCAUGCGCUCGUACAUCCGCUCGGAGAACAAACUACACGCUAUGUGCAUCAUUUCCCUCUGCUGUGCAGAUGGGCUGAUGGGCAUCUACCUCUUCAUGAUUGGUGCGUAUGACCUGAAGUUUCGCGGCGAGUACAACCGGCACGCUCAGGCCUGGAUGGACAGCAGUCAGUGUCAGGUCAUCGGCUCUUUGGCCAUGCUGUCCACUGAGGUAUCCGUCCUGCUCCUCACCUAUCUCACUCUGGAGAAAUACAUCUGCAUCGUCUACCCUUUCCAGUACUUGACACCUGGCUGGCGACGAACUGUCACCAUCCUUCUUGGGAUUUGGGUGUUUGGCUUUAUUAUUGCCUUCCUGCCGCUGGCCUGCAAGGGGCUAUUUCGCAACUUCUACGGGACCAAUGGUGUUUGCUUCCCGCUGCACUCGGAGCAGCCAGAGACGCUAUGUGCUCAUGUUUACUCCAUCGUUAUUUUCCUGGGUCUGAACCUGGUGGCAUUCCUCAUCAUUGUCCUAUCCUAUGCAAGCAUGUUCUAUAACAUCCAGAGAACCGGCACUCAGACCACAAAAUACAGCAACCAUAUCAAGAAAGAGGUGACCAUCGCCAAAAGGUUCUUCUCUAUCGUCAUCACUGACUCCCUCUGCUGGAUCCCCAUUUUCAUCCUCAAGAUCCUGUCACUGCUGCAGUUGGAGAUUCCCGGUACCAUCUGCUCCUGGGUGGUCAUAUUCAUUCUCCCCAUCAACAGCGCUCUUAACCCCAUCCUAUACACGCUGACCACACGGCCUUUCAAAGAGACAAUUCUGCAGGUGUGGGCUAACUACAGGCAGAGGAGGCCCCUGCUCAGCGGUCACCCAGCUCAUCAUCCGUCGCUCACCUGGCAGGAAAUGUGGCCCCUGCAGGAGAACAGCCACGGCCUCACCCCGGGGCACCCUCUGGAAAUGACAAGCACGCUAGCCAAGCUCACCCCUGUGGAAAAUACCAACGAGGGUUACAGUGACAUUACUGUUUGCACACAGCUACAACAGAAGCAAUGUACAGCACUGUCUGUGCUCUCACAGAAACAAACAGUGCCACACACACACACACACACACACUCAGACACACAUACAAUCAAAUGAACUCACCUAGGUGUCUAACACCAAUUAAAUGUGAUUCAGGUUCAUUUAUCUGCGUAAUUAAGAGCGUUCAACCUGUUUGAAAAUACACUCUUUAAAGGGAUACUCCUUGAUUUGUGGACAGAUUUCUCCUUUGUUGUUGAAAAUCAUUAGUAUUCAUUCGUUUAUUUUUUUUGGAAAUCCCAGUGUGUGCCUGUGUUGCCCAAGCAGCAGCCAUAACAGCAUAUUGGUGAAGUCAGUGCAGAAAGCCUUUCUACAGCAGAGCAGUUCCCCUAAUGAAGACCACCUUCUGGCUCCAAAGAAAAUCUCUAUCAAUACAGAACAGAAGUCCUGCCCCACUUCUGGUUGAGCUUUUGUUCCACUAGCUUUUAUUGCUGAGUUUUAUUUCUCACACAGGGCUUCUUUCAUCAAAGCUAAAACAUGAUAGUGGAGCAUUUUGUCCAAGCUCUGAGCUGAAUAUUAAUCUACUACCACAUUUGCAAGUAAUAUUUGGUCAGUUUGUCAUUUCUAACAAUGAGAAGAGACUACGGCUACAGCUCCCAACAACCAUUUCUCUGGUGGCUAAGAUUCAUUAAACGUGUUGUUGUUGAAUUCUAACAAAAUCAUUUGUGAGUGUUUUUGACCUUGCAGACAGUAGUUUGACACAAAAAAAAUCUCAAGAUUCACUUACCAGCUUUUGCCAGAACUUUCAGCUUGCAUCUCGCAGUCUUCCUCAGCAAAUGGAGUUUACUCAAAAAAAUAAUCAGUGUUAUCUUUGUUAAAAUGAUGGGAUGCUCAAAUUUGUGGACAAGAAAGUAACCCAUUGCAGUUUUGUGCAACAUAGAAGCAAUUUUUUUAGAAAAAUCGACAAAACAGAAUUGCGAACAGUCUGUUUCCAUUGAGUGAUGUGAUGCGAAUAAACCUGUUUUUUCCUUUUGCGAUAUUAUUCCAAUUAAACAUGAUGACAGAUUUCCAGCAGUCUGCCUCUCGGUUGGAUCUGGCUUCCUGUGGCAGGAUACAGCAGGCAGCACUACUUAAAUGUGAAAAAAGUGCAUUUCAAUUUUGCAAAAUGUUGCUUUGUCAAAAGGUCUGAAGAAACAUCUCAGACAAGUGCAUAUUUUUUUUUCAAAAAUUCACGUGUCGAAUACUCGUUUUUAAGUUCGCAAUUUCAAAUUGCGCAUCAAGCAGGUUUUUUGAAUCACCAGAGAAGGUUAGAAAUAUAUUAAGAAACGAUUGAAUACAUUUUUGUUUUGUUUUUUUGAUAAUUGCAAAAGCAUAGAAAAUCACCAGCUGUGUCUGUAUCCAUUAACUCUAUACAAAAUGACUCCCAUAAAACCAAAUUGGGAUUUUCUUGCCUAAAGAUGAAGUGAAGAUGACUCUAAAAUGCCCCCCAGCCACAGUUUACUCAGCCCCCUGUUAACUGUUUGAGGUUAGCAUUUUCCUGAUACUAAAGCUGCACAGCCAUUUUUAUUGGUUUUGUUUGUUUUGUUAGUUCACACUAUACAUUUUAAUUGGCCUUCCUGCACGUCAUGAACUUGCAACAUUUAUACUAACACUAGAGUCAGAUACAGAUCUGAUACAGAUCAGGUGGCCAACCACAGCAUGUUUCUCACACUGAAGCACAGAAGCACCAGCUGGUUUGUCCAUUUCCAAAUCCAGUAAAGUUUUUUUUUUUUUUAAACAGUACGACCACAUCCACAAGAGCAGCAAUGGCAGCAUUACUUCACCUAUUAAUGAGAAAGUAAGAAGAAAACAUGAAAAAUAUGGAGCUGCAGAAGGUAAUAUGGAGUCUGCUCUGAAGCCAAUUUCAUUUUAUAUUAAAGCAGUCUCUUUUUUUAGACUUUUAGCUACAACAUGUAGAAUACUAUUCCAGUGAUAUGAAAUUUCAUCCAAGCUUGUCCUAUUUAUUGAUCUUUGAGGCAAUUAAUCAGGGAUUGUGACCCCCUCAAACCGCACAUCAAACGACAACCAAUUUGGCAGAAAUUCGACCUGAUUUAUGAAAAUAGUCUGUGGUGACCAAUUUAUGAAGUGUCUGCCCGGCUUAAUGUUUCGCAACUAAAUUACUGACCUAAAACUUUUGGUUCUGGUGCCUCUAAAACACAGUGGAGAUGUGUAUUUUCCAACUGCUAACACUUCACAGAGGUGUUUAUGUCUACAUUUAUAUGGGUGGGUUUUUGUGUUAAAAAUAGACAAGUGAUUCAAGCAGAGUUUGGUUCUUUUGCAGAAAGUUUCCCUUUCAAAACGCUCUAGAUAUAAUAAACACACAGAAUACUGAUGGGUUGAGGAAAAUAAGUAUAUUUCAUACAAUACUGGUACCCUCCAAACUUGAAACUAAAGGGAGAAUCUCAAAACAAAGCCGAACACCAUAAUUGACAAUUAUCUACCUACACCAAAUAUUUACACUGUCCCUGCUGCCACCUCUUGUUCUGGUAGCAGCUGUCACCGUUUGCAAUGGCAGUGCUCAGCAAUGAGACCGCUCUGAGUAGACACAGUAUGGCUCUUGUGUAGCAGCGUGAUUAUCUUCUCCACACUGUUUUCCCUGUCUGUAACUUAAGAUCUGACUCUAGGAUGUAAUCCAUCUUAUCUGAGAAAUAUAAUUGAUGUAACAAUUUCCAAGUGAACCAAAAAUCAUCAACCAAUUAAGACAGAAGCAGUUAUGUAAUUGGUUAAACAUUGGGUGAGAGAUGUGACAUUGCCCCAGUUUGUGGAUGGACAAACUCUGUGGGAGUUCUGUCUGUCUUUGUGUUUUCGUGACCGUCCCACUGUAAUCAAAUGAAAUGACUCUCUGAUUAAAUUAUUCAUAACAUUUCUACUAAUCAGCUCAGUUCUAAGAGUCUCUAGAAACAAGGAAAUCUGUUGGUAAUGUUGUAAUUUAAUCAACCAAGAUCAUUUGCUGUUUCACUAUUAAACAUGUUUACUGUACAUAGUAUGUGUAAAAACCAUUAAGCUUACUAAUUCCUGAUGGGGGUUGAGUGUAAAUGCAAAUGGUGAAUACUGUAUUUCAUAUUUGUAACAAACCAAUGCAGCGAGUGAAAACAUUUUCAGGCUUUGAAGUGAAAAUGAUCCCACCAGAAUUCACAUUAUUUUAGUAUUCUGGGGAGUUGUUAGCACUGGGGGCACUGCAAGAAUACACUCCUACAUCUUGGAUCCAAGUUGAUGGAAUGUAGUGGAAUGAAUGAUUGAUAUGAGUGUUUGAUUGUAUGUCAGACACACAUAUAGAGACUUUUCCUGGUGGCAGUGUUGAGGGCCUGUUGGACUGAAGAGAAUGUGAGAAGCAUAUAAACAUGUCCUUGUUUGCUUUGAGGCAACAAAGAUGAUUAUUCCAAGUAUGUGCCAAGGUUUUUAUUUCAAAAGUUUUAUUCAUGCAACAACGAAAUAGAGUUUGUGAUGCAUUUUUCAUACAGUUUCCUGCCCUCACUUUGCAGGAAUGAUUCUGCCUAUAGACCCAAUUUCUUUUGGCAUAGUUGUUGCAAUUACUGAUGAAGAAUUGCCUGAAUUGUGUGAAAAAUCCUCUUGGAACAGGGUGGUUCGUGGUUUCAGCAGGUGCAAACUCUGCUUGUGGGAGAGAGGUAGAACUGGGUUAGUAAAUACAAGCAGAAGCAGCCACCAUUUACUAACAGACAUAGAACAGAGAGGCUGAGAUCACAUCAGUGCAUAAAUUACAGAACAAGGAUGCACGAUGUCACUGAUGCAGUCACAGCAGCUCCCGUCCAACCGCAUAAAAACAGUAACUGCUGCAGUUUUUGACAUUUGCACCAUUUGCAGCCAGUAAGUAUAACAGCUGCAUUUCUUUAUUGUUAGUUUUUAGCCACAGUAGCAGCAUAGCUCUAGGAAUGAUAAUGAAAGUCAGUUCACCACUUUGGUCCGGACUACUUUGAAUUGCCAUGAAAUUCUGUGCAAACAUUCAUGGUGCCCAGAGGAUGAUGCCUACUGACUUUGGUAAUUCCAUGACUUUUCCUCUAGCGCCACCAGCAGGUUGACAUUUUUGUCUUCAUGUUUUUAUUUUAUUUAGCACAGUGUGAAACGUAUAACAUCACACACAAAAACAUAGUUACUAAAAAUAAUAUUGCUGAAGGUGUAACACUCAUUGCCUGCAAGUGGUGCAAGUGUUCAACACACAUACAUUCCCAUCUCUGUUGACAAUAAUGUACCAGCCUAAAUUCUGGUCUCAUAAUAUUUGUAGCUGUAAAUCAUCACAUGCUGGCAUGGCAGAUGAAGUUCAGUGACAUUAAAGGGUACUUAUCAAACUAAUGCAAAAUGAUCUUAUGGGGGGCACAUUCCAAAACACCAAGGCAAGGACCAUUUAUCACCAAAGAUGUUUCUAUGUAUUUCUAAAAAUUGUAGAUUUUCACUGUUAAUGUCAAAAUGGGAACUACUAAUUUAGGCAGAACAUCAGAAAAAUAAAAAGUAAUAAUAAUAAAAAUUGACUUUUUGUAGCUCAUUGUGGUGCUCAUGUUUGCUCUAAACUACAUCAAACAAUAGUCCAACCCUUCAGCAGAGCAGUGAAAAGGACCACAUCUUCCAUGUGUCUCUGCAACUUCAUAACCAUCUUUGCAAGUCUGCCGUAGUUCUUAAUGUUUAAUUUGCAGCUAAACGCUUUGAAUCUUCAGAAUUCAUGUAAUUGUGUAUUUUGAACAUUUUAUGACCAACCUUUUUUGUACAGUUGGUCACUGGGCAGUUCUACUGAUAAACUUUGGUGGGUGAAUCAAUUGCUUUUUGUACCUUUUCAUUUUCAACAUCUAAUACAUCAAAAUACAUUUCAUGCAGUACACUUGUUUAAUCUCAUAAUUCUAACAAUACUGUACAUGCAGCAUACUUGCAGCAAAGACCUUUUUUUUUUUAUUUCAUGGUAACUUUCUAAGUUUUAGGAUUAUCCAGUCUGUUAGUGAGGGAAAUGAUGCAUUUUUUAUUCUGUAUUUUGUCUUUAGUCCAUUUUGUGUUGUCUCUGACACCAAAAAUGAUUCUAGUGAAAUAUUGAAUGUAAUGUCUGAGAUAAAUUCCGUAUGUUCAGCAAAGAAUGUAUGAAAUUUGGGCACGUAUAACCUGGUAUAAGGUAUACAUGGGUUGCAGCUUCACAGGCAGCAAUUUUAAAUUGUCUUUUAUAAAUCCAGUUUAGAAAUUCCCCAGCUGGUCUGUGGGUCUGAAAAUGGACUCACCCUCACCUCACCAACAGCUGCACCAAACGACACAUUUUUAACACUGUGGUCUAUACAGUGAGGACAUUUGUAUAAUAAUCAUAAGCUCGUCUGUGCAUACUUUGUUCAGUGAAGGACUGAUUCCUGUGGAAAUGUAUUUUUUCAGACAUUGUAAAUGUGUGAAUGUAUAGCAGACACGGAGGAGAAUAAAUUAGAUGUUAUUACUAUGAUUUUUGAGUACAUUAUGUGAUAGUUUGUGUUUACAUUACCUUCCCAUACAUGCUGAAAACACGGAGAAGCCAGCACUUUGCUUGAGAUAUACAAGCAACAUGUACACUUACAUUUAAUAUUGAUGGGAAAAUAUAUGAGUUCAUUUGUUGUAUUGACCUGUGCCCUAUAAUAAAAUUACUUAUGUAUUGUA